AUGUUGUUUGGUUGUAUAUUUUAUUACUGGUUCCAGAACGCAUCUGAAAGUGACGAUGAUGAAGUUGAUGGCAACAAUAUAUGUGGUUUCCGAAAGAAAAAGGGAAUCAAAGGUCCUACAAAGUAUAUUCCUCCUUUAGAAAAUGAGAAGAUGGAGCUGUCCCACACCUCAAAAACCCCAGAUCCUUGUUCUCUUAAAGGAACCACUGGUUGCUCAGAACUGCCAUCAGAGCAGUCUCUUCAAAACCCCACUGCCUUUCCUCAAGUACAAAAGGACAGAGGAGAUCAUGACAAUUCCAAUUCUGGCAGCGAUGGUAAAGAAGAAAGGUGUGGAGAAGCACGAGAAACCCUGGAAUAUGCUGAUACUGGGAGAAGAAUAUUAGGAAAAAUGCAUGAGGAAACAGAUACAGCAGCUCAGAUGAAGCUGCCCCCAGGUGUGCAGCCUGUGAGGGGUGCAGAGAAAGGUGGUGGCUGCAUGGAGGCAGGGCAGAGGGAGAAGGACAGUGAGCUGGCAAGGGGUAAGCCAGAAGAAAGGGAUGGGAUGGAAGAAAGGGUUGUCAAGUUUCAUGUGACAAAGGUGGGCUCCCCAGGAACUGCUGCAUCCAUGCCAGGGAGCUGUACUGCCGAGCCCUUCAUGGGGCCACCUGGCAUUUCUAAACAAAGCCUACAAGAGCUGAAAAACCUGCUGGGUGAAGGUCAUCUGCCUUGUCACGGGCCCCAUUUCUGUGGCAAGGCAGGAGGCACUCUUGCUCAGAAAAAUUUGAAACCCCGGGAGAAAGCAGCUGACAAGCAGGGCCGGCCCUUUGAGACUUUUAGUCCCCAUUUUGGAGAGGAAAAGCAAAAGUAUCUCAGCUUCCACAAGGAGGGAAUGGGGCAGCAGAGCAAAACCCUCCUGGUCCUCAGCUCUGCCGGCUCUGACCAGCAGCAGCCAGUGGGAAGUAAUGUGGAUCACCUAAUUCUGGGACUGCCAGCCACUCCUGCAGCUGCAGCCAGCUCAGCUCCUGAGGCUCAGUUUGACUCCUCCACAGGCCUGGACGCAUUCAACAGAGACCCUGAUGUAAACGGCCUCGAAAACCCAACUCUCCUUUACCUGCUCUCUCAUAUUGAAUUUAUUAAGCAGCAGAUGGCCAGGGACAACGUGCAGUUUGUCAGAUUUGAGUCAAUAGACCUCCAUGGUGUGUCAAGAUCAAAGAAUGUUCCUUCUCGAUUUUUUCAAGAGAAAGCAAUACAUGGUAUUGCCAUGCCCAGAAGUUACCUUGAGCUGACGCUGAAUCCUAAAGAUAAUGAAUUAGACUACAUAAAUGCAACCAAUUUCAAUUGUGACAUUAUUCUGAACCCUGAUUUAUCAACAUUUCGAAUACUACCCUGGACUGAGCAGACUGCAAGAGUGAUAUGUGAUUCCUUCACUGUGCUGGGCGCCCCUCUAAUGACCUCCCCAAGGCACAUUGCCAAGAAACAGCUGAGCCAGCUUCAGGACAAUGGCUUUUCUUUGCACUCUGCAUUCACUUAUGAAUUUUGUAUUUAUGGCAUUACUGAGGUUGUAAAUUCAAAGACAAUAUCCUUUCCUGCAGCCACGAUACUAAAUAACCAUGACCAGACUUUCAUUCAGGAGCUUAUUGAAGGAAUGUAUUAUGCUGGUGCCAACAUUGAAAGCUUUUCUUCUUCCAGUGGGCCUGGGCAAAUGGAGAUCACUUUUCAUCCAGCAUUUGGCCUAGAUGCUGCUGACAGUGCCUUCACAUUUAGAACAGGCCUUAAAGAGGUGGCCAAGAAGUAUAACUACGUGGCCAGCUUUUUCUCAGAAUCAGGAUUCUACAACCUGGGGGCCCUGUCACAUAGCCUGUGGGAUCUCAAUGGCCAGAAGAAUUUGUUUUCUGCUGGUUAUGGAGUUGAGGAGCUCUCAGAGCUUGGAAAAAAUUGGCUGUCAGGUCUCUUGGCUCACACAGCAGCUAUCAGCUGCCUGAUGGCUCCCACCACCAGCUGCCGCAAGCCUUACUCUAAAUACAGUAAAGAAUCCAAGGAGACUGUGAAUGCAAAUUGGGCAUAUAAUGAUAACAGCUGUGCCUUCAAUGUCAAAUGCCAUGGUGGAAAAGGCACUUACAUAGAGAACAAAUUGAGUUCUGCUGCAGCAAACCCAUACCUGGUCCUUGCUGCCACUAUUGCUGCCGGUCUAGAUGGAAUAAAGAGAGGACUCAGCUAUGAUGAUAUGCUUGAAGAAGAAAAUCACACUGGUGAUCUGAAACAUUCAUCUAUCCCUCUGAAGCUAGAAGAUGCUCUGGUUGCACUUGAGAAAGAUUCGUGCAUUAAGGAAGCAUUAGGUGAAACUUUCAUCCGGUACUUUGUUGCCAUGAAGCAUUAUGAGUUAGAAACUGAAGAAAUGGAUAGUGAAAGGAAUAAAUGCCUGGGAUAUUUUAUUUAGAAGGAGCACUCUUCUGUAGUGAUGCUGUGUAAAUGCAUACAGUGAAUGGCUAAGAUUCUUGAAAUUAGUACAUAUAUUUAAAAGUGUUUUAAUGCUUUGAGAUUCCCCCUCCCUCCUUUGUAUAGUACAUGGUAAUUACACUUUAAUGUCCAUGUACAUUCUUGGCAGCACAAAGCUGAUGUAUUAAUGAAAUAACAUUAAGAGGCUAUUAAAACACAAGUGGAGAUUUUUUGGGCAGACCAGCUGGUGAAAUGAAUAAAAGAGAAGGUGAAAUGAAGAAGAGCAACUACACAAUUGUAACAGGACUGUACAGCAUGGAGAAAAAUGGGAGUGAUGGGGAUAGUGGUGAGGAGUGGGGUUCAGAACUGGGGAAGGUGGGAAAUCUCCUGUUCAGCAUGGCUGUGGGAUUUGUUCCAGCCUAUUCAGUAACUGAUGUGUGGCAAAACCAAAAGAAUAUGAGUUUGAUUUAAAACAUAAGCUAGAACAAUGAUCAUUGUAGAGAGAGGGGCAAAGGGCUGAGGCAGUAGAACCUGAGAGGAAGGAAUCAGUAUCUUAAUGGGCAUAAAUAAAUAAGACAGGAUGGAUUAUAUAAUAGUCUAUACAUCAUGAAUUCUGCUGCUGAAUAGAGUUUUCAAGAAUUAUAGUCAAUAAAGAUAUUAAAAGAAAUCAAAUGGUGACUUGGAGAGGGAAUAAUUCAUAGAAAGGCAGCAGUGUCAGGCCACUGUGCAAUAAAAAAUGAACUGGUUUUAUAUCUGUUUUGAUGGCUAAUGUGUUAAUUAACAUUUAAAUGGCAAAUGAGGUAAGAAAGGGUAAAAAAGAAAGAGAAUUUACAUCUUCAACUGUACUUAAUUGGGAAACUUGAUUUUAUCAAGGAUGCAGAAGAUGACUGAAAGGAGCAGAAAGAGUAGGCUGAAACCAAAAAGAGUGAAGAUGCAAAUUCAGAGACUGAAAAAUCAUGGUUAAAACAGAGGGAGAAAAGACCCAAUCCUAAAAUUAGAAAUGGCAGCUGGUGUAAAGAAAAAUAAUUUUUUAGGAAUAGAAGGAGGUGGGGUUUAGAUUUGCUCUUUGAUCUUGUUGCUACUGUCGUCCUAUAUUAUUAAAGAUAUCAUUUGUUUCAUACACCAUCUCUGCAUUAACAGUGAUUUCUGGUGGUCUUUAUCUUGUCACAAUACUUUGAUCUAUGUGUAGGAAUUUGUGAGUGAAAGAGUUUGGUCAUCAGUGGAGUAAAAACAAGAUUCAGUCAGUGGAGAAUCAGGAAGAUGUGAACAGGAAUGUGCUACUUGCCUACUGAUGGAUCUUCCAUCCUUCCCCUAAAAGUCUUGUGCUUGAAAUGUAGCACCUAGUAUGCUAAAGCUUUUUUGUGUGAUUCCAAAGAACUUGUUUUAUACUCAGGUAGC